UUAUAAGCCCUUAACUUUUGUAGUUUACCAUAAAGUUCAAAGUUUGCAACUUCAUGAUUUAUUCCAAAAUUAUAUAAAUCAUGGUUGAGCAAAGCUUAAAACUUUGAGUUAAAAAUGGUAAAAGUAGAGACUAAAUUAGUAGGGUUUGUUGGUUUCAUCAUUGUGUUUCUCUGAGCUUUUCAUGCUCAGAACCAGAGAGAGAGAGAGAGAGAGAGAGAGAGAGAAAGAGAGAGAGAAAACCCAUCAAAGGGAGCCCUUUCAAUGGAGAAAGGAAGCAGUGAAAAGGGUACUAUGGAUAUAUCAUCAUCUUCUAAUGCUGGCAAUUUAAGGCCUAAUGCAAACGCCGCCACCGACAUAGACUCAGCUAGAAAGAGCAAAGAAAUUGUUCAGUACAAUGUAGAUGCUGGGUUACUUGCUGAGUUUGAGAGUUCUGAUUUUAAAGGUAAGAUUUUUAACUAUACAAAAUCAGUUGUUAAUGCUCCUGAAAGUGUACCAGACGAGCAAAUUUCAGCUUACUUAACUAGAAUGCAAAGGGGUGGUCUUAUCCAACCUUUUGGUUGUUUGAUUGUAAUUGAAGAACCUAGUUUUAGAAUCUUAAGUUAUAGUGAGAAUUGCUGUGUUGUUUUGGGUUUAGAUACUCAAUUAGUGUUGAGACAGAAAUUGGGUUUGAUUGGGGUUGAUGCUAAAACUCUGUUUACUCCCACUUCUGGUGUUUCACUUGUCAAAGCUGUUGAUUCUAGGGAGAUUUCUUUACUAAAUCCUAUUUGGGUUUAUUCUAGAGCUACCCAGAAGCCUUUUUAUGCUAUACUUCAUAGAAUUGAUGUGGGAAUUGUGAUUGAUUUGGAGCCUGCUCAGUCUGGUGAUCCAGCAUUGUCACUUGCUGGAGCUGUUCAAUCUCAGAAGCUCGCGGUUAGAGCUAUUUCUAGGCUGCAGGCUCUCCCCGGGGGAGAUAUCGCCGCGUUGUGUGAUACUGUUGUUGAAGAUGUUCAGAAGCUAACUGGUUAUGAUAGAGUUAUGGUUUAUAAGUUUCAUGAAGAUGGUCAUGGUGAAGUUAUGUCUGAGAUUAGGAGGUCUGAUUUAGAACCUUUCUUGGGAUUACACUAUCCUUCAACCGAUAUUCCAUUAGCUGCUCGGUUUUUGUUUAAGCAAAACCGAACUAGAAUCAUUUGUGAUUGUAAUGCCAAACCAGUUAGGAUCAUACAGAGUGAAGAGCUGAGACAACCGGUGUCAUUGGUGAAUUCUACACUGCGCCAACCACACGGUUGUCACACACAGUACAUGGCUAAUAUGAAGUCAAUUGCAUCAUUGGCAAUGGCAGUUGUUGUAAACAAUAAUGAAGCAUCAACUUCAAGGCUUUGGGGGUUGGUUGUGUGCCACCACACUACAGCUCGCUAUGUUCCUUUCACUCUUCGGUAUGCUUGUGAGUUUCUUAUGCAAGCACUUGGAUCGCAGAUAAACAUGGAGCUUCAGUUGGCAGCUCAAAUAGCAGAGAAACAAACUCUCAGAACACAGACAUUGCUUUGUGACAUGCUUCUCCGAGAUGCCCCCUUUGGGAUUGUAACCCAAUCUCCUAGUAUAAAGGAUCUAGUGAAGUGUGAAGGGGCAGCAUUGUACUAUAAGGGUUCGUGUUGGUUACUUGGGGUAACUCCAACUGAAUCACAAGUAAAAGAUAUUGUGGAAUGGCUCAGAACAAAUCAUGGAGAAUCCACGGGGCUAAGUACGGAUAGUUUGGCAGAUGCUGGUUACCCUGGUGCUGCAUUGCUCGGUGAUGCUGUUUGUGGCAUGGCUACUGCAAGAAUCAACGGAAAUGAUUACUUAUUUUGGUUCAGGUCUCACAUUGCUGAGGAAAUUAAGUGGGGAGGAGCUAAGCAUCAUCCGAAAGAUAAGGAUGACGGUGAAAGGAUGCACCCGAGAUCUUCCUUUAAAGCUUUUCUUGAAGUAGUGAAAAGUAAAAGUUUGCCAUGGGGGGCUUCUGAAAUUGAUGCCAUUCAUUCUCUACAGCUCAUAAUGAGAGACUCAUUUAAGGAUAUGGAUGGGAGUGGUUUCAAAGCGAGUAAUAGUCAGCAAAUUGACAAUACAAAGAUGCAAGGGAUGCAAGAACUCAGUUCUGUGGCUUGUGAGAUGGUUAAAUUGAUUGAAACAGCAACAGUUCCUAUUUUUGGAGUUGAUUCAUCUGGUUUAAUAAAUGGCUGGAAUGAGAAAAUUGCUGAGUUGGUGAGCUUACAAGCUAAUGAAGCUAUGGGAAAGUCCUUAGUCGAUGACCUUGUUCACGAGGACUCACUUCACGUUGUUCGAAAUAUUUUAAGCAAAGGUUUGCAAGGUGUGGAAGAAGCAAAUAUAGAGUUAAAGAUGAGAAAUUUCGGGGCUGAGAACAACGCAGACAAUGUUAUAUAUAUUGUGGCCAACACUUGUACAAGUAGGGAUUAUGCGAAGAAUGUAGUCGGUGUGACUUUUGUGGGUCAAGAUGUCACUCGGGAGAAAUUUGUUAUGGAUAGAUUCAUUCGCUUGCAAGGUGAUUACAAGGCGAUCAUACAGAGUCUUAAUCCAUUGAUUCCACCUAUAUUUGCAUCGGAUGAGAAUGCUCGCUGUUCUGAAUGGAAUGCAGCAAUGGAAAAGUUGACUGGUUGGACACGAGAUGAAGUUAUCGGCAGAGUGCUCCUUGGAGAAAUUUUCGGAAAUUUGUGUAGGCUAGACAAUCAAGAUUCAUUGACCAAGUUUAUGAUAACUUUGUAUAGGGGAAUCAGUGGCCAAGAUAUUGAAAAGUUUCCUUUGGAGUUUCUUGACCGAAACGAGAAGAUGGUAAAGGUUUUCUUGACAGCAAACAAGAGGACUGAUGCUGUUGGCAAUCCAAUUGGUUGUUUCUGCUUCUUACAGACUGCAUCUGACCCAUAUCAAGCCUCAAAAUUAAUCAGGAAAAAGGAAAGAGAUGAUGUUUCGAAACUUAAAGAGUUAGCUUACUUAAGACAAGAAAUGAAGAAUCCAUUAAAUGGUAUUCGAUUUACUCACAAGCUCUUGGAAAGUACAGGCAUUUCAGAACAUCAGAAGCAAUUUCUCGAGGCUAGUGAUGCAUGUGAAAGACAAAUCAUGAUGAUUGUUGAAGGAAAUUUAGGAAGCAUAGAAGAAGGUACUUUGGAGCUUAAUAUCGAAGAGUUUCAAUUGGGAAAUGUUUUAGAUGCUGUUGUUAGUCAAGUAAUGCUACUUUUGAGGGAAAAGAAGCUGAAGCUAUAUCAUGAGAUACCCGAAGAAAUCAAAUCGUUAUGUCUGUAUGGCGAUUAUAUUAGACUACAGUUAGUCUUGUCAGAUUUCCUUCUCAACAUUGUACGUUACACACCAACAUCGAAAGGCUGGGUCGAAAUUAAAAUUUCCUCCGGUUUGAAGAUUAUACAAGAUGGCAAUGAAUUCAUUCGCUUGCAGUUCAGAAUGAGUCAUCCUGGUGAAGGUAUUCCUAAUGCUCUUAUCCAAGACAUGGUUGAGAGUGGAAAGCACUGGACUUCACAAGAAGGGCUCGGGUUAAACCUUUCUCGAAAACUUCUCAGUAGAAUGAAUGGACAGAUCAAGUACAUUAGAGAGAAUGACAAAUGUUACUUCCUUAUCGACGUAGAUUCAAAACGAGGAAAGAACGACAAUGGGGAGGAGGAACAAGAGUAGAUUUAAGCAGGAUGACUUGAACUUGAACUUAGAACUUUUCGAGGAAAAACCGAAUGCUUCUAUCACGGGUUUGAAACGCCUGAUAUAACCCGGUAAAUCCCCAGUGUUACUACCAGUUUUCAUGGCUCUACUACUAUAGCUUUUCCUUUAUCAAUGUAUGUAUGUAUGUAAACUACUUUCACAAACUUCUGUAUCAAAAUGUAUAUUCCAUUCCAUCUUUGUAUUUUUUUUCUUUCUCACAAAACUAAUAAAAAUAAGCUUUUUGUUUUUAGUUCCA